UGAUGUCAAUGCCUCUAAUUGUAAAUUGCACACACAGUCCCGCUGUUGGCUGUGGUAAUAUUUCACUGAGAGAGAAGACACUGGAGCAGGCAGUUUCUCUUGGAAAACCUGGGAGCAGAUACAGUAUGGCUGUAACUGGGGAUGAGACAGAAACAGGCUCUACAGGUGGUUUGGCGAGCUGCCAGCUGCGUAACCCCCCCUCCGGCGUCCCCCAGUAUUCAGCAGGAGUCAGUGCUCACAGCUCCCAGAAACCUGUAGAAGAAGCCUUACAGAAGAGGGAGCUCCGCUUAAUGAAGAACAGGGAAGCUGCCCGGGAGUGUCGACGAAAGAAGAAGGAGUAUGUCAGAUGCCUCGAACAACGAGUGGCUGUGCUCGAAAAUCAAAACAAGUCUCUGAUGGAGGAGCUGAGAGCCUUAAAGGACAUCUAUCGCCACAAAGUCGAGUGAUUCGUCCGAGCAGACGAGAAACCUGGAUUGUGUGGACUGUGCCGGUCUGUUUCUGUGGUGUGUCUUGAGGACUCUGCUUUUACAUAAACACACACUCACACAAAACACUCCCUGUCCUUGCUAUUAAAUGUGUUUACACGAUGAUGUCAAUGUUUCAGGCUCAGAAUUAUCCAGGCACCACCAGCAAAAACAACCUUGUUUCAGGUCAGAGUUAUCAGUGAGCUCUAUGAGGAACUAUUGGCCCAGACAGACUUCCAGAGCAAGAAGGAAGAAAUAUGUGUGGACACCUGCAGACUCACCACGCCUUACAGGAGACUGAGAACCAGAAGCUGCAGGACCAGGUGCUGAGGUUAAACUAACAAAAGAAAGAUCUCUCACUUAUGCCUAUGCUGCCAUCACUUUAACUGCACUGCAUUUUACAUUCCUUGUAAUCCACUUUCAGGAUUUGGCUCUUUUAGAACACUGUAUUAAGUGAUAGUGUUUGUGAUGGUAUGGAGGUUUGUUCAGGGAAAAUGCUGCCAGAAGCCAAAUGUUCAAUCACAAGGGCAUCACAUAGUUUGUGUUUGAUUUUUAAUUCACUUCACAAAUCCUAAUGCAAACAUACUCCAGGGGCUCAUUAGUCUGAUUCAUCCUUCAUGUUUAAUGCAGAGGCCUGUCAGGAUGUGUUGUGCAUCAGUGUCUGCUUCAAACAGUGGCGUUUUUUUGUUUUGUUUUUGCCCUAUUUCUCUAUAGUUUUGAGCUACUGCCACACAAUUGAUUGUAUAUUUAGUUAACAAAGACACGUUUGUGGAGAUGGUGGAAAUGAACUUCCUGUUAGGUUUACUUUUUGUGUGUGUGUGCUUUAUAUCCGUAUAUAUGGAUGCAUUAAGAGUUUUAUUGAUGUGUCAUUUGUUUUGAUGGCAAAUUUGUUUGCUAAAAUCCACCUAUUUCACUUACAGUUGGUAUUUUAUUUCUGUGACACUUCAGCUGUUGUCUUGUUAUGGUCACACCAAAUUUGAAGUUUCCUUAAUAUUUUUCAAAUGUUUUUGCUUCAAUAAAGUUCUUGUUCCAACUCUG